AUGCUGCGGCACACUCUAGCACGUUCGGCUUGGCGGACAGGCAGGCACGCCGCCAAUGCCUCGAGAGCUUUUUCGGCAACAGCUCAGCGCCCGGCAGAAGUGGAACUGACCAUUGAUGGAAAGAAGGUCUCUAUAGAAGCUGGGUCCGCCCUGAUCCAAGCUUGCGAGAAGGCAGGCGUCACGAUUCCAAGGAAGUUGAUGAUUGCCGGUAACUGCCGUAUGUGCUUGGUGGAGGUCGAGCGAGCGCCGAAGCCCGUUGCAUCCUGCGCCUGGCCCGUUCAGCCCGGCAUGGUUGUCAAGACGAACUCGCCCCUCACACACAAGGCCCGCGAGGGUGUGAUGGAAUUUUUGCUAGCAAACCACCCUCUCGACUGCCCUAUCUGCGACCAGGGUGGGGAGUGCGAUCUCCAGGAUCAGUCAAUGCGAUAUGGUGCCGACCGUGGUCGGUUCCAUGAAGUUGGUGGCAAGCGUGCUGUGGAGGACAAGAACAUCGGCCCCCUCAUCAAGACGUCGAUGAACCGAUGCAUUCACUGCACGAGAUGUGUGCGAUUUUCCAACGAUAUCGCUGGCGCUCCGGAGAUGGGCUCGACGGGUCGUGGAAACGACCUGCAAAUCGGCACGUACCUCGAGAAGAACCUCGACUCUGAGCUGUCGGGCAACGUUAUCGACCUCUGCCCCGUUGGUGCUUUGACCUCGAAGCCGUAUGCCUUCAGGGCUCGUCCUUGGGAGCUCAAGAAGUCCGAGUCCAUUGACGUGCUGAACGGUCUUGGCUCUGCUAUUCGCGUUGACUCUCGUGGUCUCGAGGUCAUGCGCAUUCUCCCGCGUCUGAACGACGACGUCAACGAGGAGUGGAUCGACGACAAGACUCGCUUUGCCUGCGACGGUCUUAAGACUCAGAGACUCACUCUUCCUCUUGUCCGAAGGGAGGGCAAGUUCGAGCCGGCUUCCUGGGAGCAGGCCCUGAUGGAGAUCUCCGCAGCUUACCGGCAGCUUCAGCCCCAGGGCAAUGAGUUCAAGGUUGUGGCCGGUGAGCUCACCGAGGUCGAGUCCCUGGUAGCCAUGAAAGACCUGGCCAACAAGCUGGGCUCUGAGAACCUUGCUCUCGACAUGCCUUCUGGAUCUCAGCCUAUUGCCCAUGGUGUCGAUGUCCGAUCUAACUACCUCUUUAACUCCAAGAUCUGGGGCAUUGAGGAGGCCGACUGCAUGCUUAUUGUUGGCAGCAACCCCAGGCACGAGGCGGCUGUCCUCAAUGCUCGUAUCAGGAAACAGUGGCUGCGUUCUGAUCUUGAGGUUGGUCUCGUCGGCGAGACUUUCGACUCGACUUUCGAGUUUGAGCACCUUGGCACCGACUUUGCUGCCCUGAAGAAGGCUUUGGCUGGUCCCUUCGGCAAGAAGCUCCAAGCCGCCAAGCGACCCAUGAUCAUUGUCGGCUCUGGCGUCACCGACCAUGCCGAUGCCAAGGCAUUCUAUGAGCUCAUUGGCGGCUUUGUCGACAAGCACGCCGCCAACUUCAUCACCGAGGAGUGGAACGGCUACAACGUCCUCCAGAGGGCCGCCUCAAGAGCUGGCGCUUUCGAGGUUGGCUUCGUCACGCCAUCCCAGGCUGUGGCUGAGACCAAACCUAAGUUUGUCUGGCUCCUUGGUGCUGACGAGAUCAACGAGGCCGACAUUCCCAAGGAUGCUUUCAUCGUCUACCAGGGCCACCACGGUGACAAGGGCGCGCAGAUUGCCGAUAUCGUCCUUCCUGGCGCUGCCUACACCGAGAAGGCCGGUACCUACGUCAACACUGAGGGCCGUGUCCAGAUGACCCGUGCUGCCACGUCACUCCCCGGCGCUGCCAGGACAGACUGGAAGAUCAUCCGCGCCGUGAGCGAGUUCCUCGGCGCCCCUCUGCCCUACGAUGAUGUGGCCGCUCUUCGCGACAGGAUGGUUGAGAUCAGCCCGGCUCUGGCUGCCUACGACGUUGUCGAGCCCGUUGCGCUGAGGCAACUGAGCAAGGUGCAGUUGGUGGACCAGAACAAGGGCUCCAAGCCUAGCGGUGCUCCCCUGAAGAAGGUUAUCGACAAUUUCUACUUUACCGACGUUAUCUCUAGAAGGCAUGUUUGA